AUGGCUAUCGGUAGUUUGCCUACAAAUCCGGAAAGUUGGGCCCGUUGGCCUUACCCGCAACACGACAACGCCGACUUCAGCAUGACGCCAACCAGCAUGAUUUCCUAUGACUGCCGGACGACAACCACAGCCCAUAUCCCGCGCCCUGAACUUUCCCAGCACUUCGUCCCAACCACCUUCAGCUCGGCUCCGAUGCCCUCUCCCCCUUCUCCUCACUACCACGCGCCCAUAUCCUACGACGGGUACAACCCUUACAGCGCGCCGCCCAUGCUGGAUGCGCCCUUCAAGCCCCAGGAGUCUAUGGAGCGCCUACAGCCGCGUUGCAUGGCGCCGGAGCCGGCCGCGAACGGAGGGGCUCAAGGGAUGCCGUUCAUCAAGAGAAGCUGCAGUCCGUCAGUCAAGAGUGAGGCACACUCUUCCAGCUCGCCAUCUCCCAAGGCCGCCGCUUCCAACGCUCGGGUACAAGCCACCCCCGUUCACCAGUUCAACACCGCCAUCGACAAUGUCAUGCGGGUGAUCGAGGCCAAGCGUGAGAUCCUCGGCCCUGCGGACGAGGUAGAGCUCGUACAGGCGGAUGAGAAGAAGGAGGCGGCAAAGGACAACCAGGUCUGCCCGUAUUGCCAACGCCGCUUCACACAAAGCGUCAACCUCAAGGAAAUCGAGGCUUUCAACGCCAAGCUCGCUGCCAUGAAGGACAAGAGUAUGAUAUCCGAGGAGGACAAGGAAAUGGCCAAGUACCUCGGCGACGUCCACAACCUCGCCAACAAGGGCAUCAAAGGCCGCGGCAAGGGCCGCAAGGUCAAGCGGGUUAUGAUGCUACACCCACCACAACCACAGUCGUCUCCCGCCACGAGCCCGAUCAACCCCGAUGGCCACACUGGUCCCUACCCGAUGUCACUCCUGCCUCACGCACUCUCGCAUCUCCACAUGACGCAGCAGCAACAACAACAACACCAGGCCGUGCACCACGGCCUUCCCUACUACGGGGUGAGCAACCCGGCCGCCUACAGCAUGAGCAGGCCGCCCAACAUGCUCUUCGGCUCGCUAAGCAUCAACACGCGGGAACCGUACGGCCACGCUGGCUACGGCAUGGACUCGGACCAGCUCAGCGAUGCCAGCAGCGUCCACGGCUCCACGCCGGUCAUGCACACCUACGAGGAUGAACAUGGCCGGGAGUUGACGUUUGGUGAGAGGCUUUACUAA